AUCCCAAAUAGGAAAUAUAUUCCUUAUAAAGAUCCAUUGGCGUCUUAACAGAAACCUCCCAAUUCUUAUAGUCUACCUCCGGACGUAUUAAUUUUUUCUCAGUCUGAAGGAAGGCAGCCCGGCCAGGUAUGGUGAUUAUCCAGGAAAGCUCCAACUUAGAGGAUGAUCGUAUUAGUCAAUUGUCAGAUGAUAUUCUUGGUCUGAUUCUCUCGUUUUUGAGCCUAAAAGAAGCAGUUAGGAUGCGGUUAUUGUCUCACCGGUGGAAAGGGUUAUCCCCGUCCACACCCCAUCUUCAACUUGAUUAUCUGUCGAUUCUUGGAAUUUAUUUCGAUGGGUUCUUGGCGCUCAAUUACAGGAAGAUAAUUCCCAAACAUAAAUCUAAAUUUAUCACAGCUGUGACUCAAAUUUUGAAGUUAUAUACGGGGCCGAAAUUAGACACUUUUGAGGUUACUUUUCCACUGGACGAUGAUUCCGCUUCCAAUGUUGAUGAGUGGAUACGUUUUGCUGUGCAGCAAGAGGCCAACCAACUUAAAAUUGACUGUGGACCUCGCUCCAAUAGUGUUUGUUCCUACUACACUUUUCCUUUGCAUCUUCUGCCUGAUGGCAAAACAUCUCCAUUGAAGCAUCUAUCCCUCAAAUUAUGUGAAUUAUCCUGUGUGCCCAAUUAUGCAAUAAAGUUUAAUUCUUUAGUGACUCUCUACAUUGGUCACACACGCAUAAAUCAAGUUACUUUAGAUAGUAUCCUUUCUGGUUGUGUGAACCUUGAGUUUCUGAGAAUCCAUCGGUGCUAUGUGCCUGAGACUUGUUGCAUAACCGGUGCAUUAAGCCGUCUAAAACGAUUGAUUAUUGAAGAUUGCCAUGAUUAUGGCCUUAUUGCGCUCAAUUCUCUACCGGAGCUUACUACAUUUGAAUACAUGGGUCCAGAAAAGAAGUUCACCCUCCUUGGUCUUCCAUCUCUUGAUAAAAUGUAUUUUAGGUUCAUGAAUUAUUCAUUUGUGGGCACAAGUUAUGUUUGCAAUCGACUUGCAGAAGAUGUCUCACACCUACAAACUCUCUCGUUGUUUUUAGCUCCCUUGGAGGAACCUCCCAUGCCUGCCAGCAGGACUCCAUUCAAAUUUCUGAAGAAUUUGGAGUUGUUUAUUAUUAUAUCACCAAAUUAUGAUCUUUUCACUAUUGUACACAUUCUUAAUGCUUCUCCUGUCCUGCAGAAGUUCCUUCUCUCUGUAUGUCCUAAUCAUAACCGGAAAACUAAAACGAGUGGAGUAUUUGAUAAUAAAUGCAUCCAUUUUCACCUUAAAGAAGUCGAGAUAUGUGGGUUUUCAGACCGAAUUAAUUGUAUGGAGUUAGCUGUUUAUUUACUUGAUAGUGCUGUUGCCCUAGAGCGGAUGCUUAUCAAUUUUCAUAGACGAGAAUAUUAUGGACUUGACAAAUGGAAAUAUGGCAAAGUGUUUCCUAAGAACCUAAAUCGAGAGGUGACAUGUGAUUUACUUCAAAAACACAAUGUCGAUUCCAAAGUAGAAGUCGUUGUUAUUUGAUUUCCAUUUAUAAGUUUGAGUUUCAUCAUGAUGUUAUGUAAAAUUUAUAGACUUUUGAGUAAUGAAUAAUUGACUUUUUUUAUUAUUGUAAUGAGGAGGGUUGUGUAUUUUUGCUUGGAUAUGAUGUAAAAUGGUUGUUGGAUACUUUGGAUGUUGCUAAUGGGGUGGUCGAGUAAAUUUUAUAAUAAUUAAUUAGUACUGUUACUAACUGU